AUGUCUGGAACAGAAAAGGACAACGUUACCACCGUUGUUGACUCCAGUUUAUCUGAUGAUCAACAAACUUCAAAUGAGCACACACACUCAAGAGCUUCUCAUUGGAGUCAAAAAUUACCAUGGUUUAUUCCUCAUGAAAGAAUUGUUAAUGAAACUGCUGAAGAGAUUGCUGAAGGUUAUACAUUAAGAAAAAAAGAUGAAGAUGAAAGAGAGAAAUUAUCAUAUAACGUUAGAGAAUAUAGAGAUGAAGCUAAUAGAAAAUGGUACUCUUUUUUCAAUGAAUAUGAGUAUAGACUUACAAAAGUUGAACAAGCUAGACAUGAUUGGUGGAGAUGGUUUGAAAAAGGUACUCCAUCUGCUGAGAAGAAACUUAUCAAUAAAUUAACAAUUUUAAUUGGGUUUACAUCACUUCUUGGGUUUUGGUCAUUUAGUUUAAGUCAAACUAAUUUAAACAAUGCUUAUGUUUCAGGUAUGAAAGAAGAAAUUGGUAUGAAAGGUAAUGAUUUGAUUGAUACUCAAGUUUUAUUUUCAGCUGCUUCUAUUAUUUUCCAAUUACCAUUUAUAUACAUUCUUCCAAGAUUGAAUCCAACUUAUACAUUGUUCGUUGCAGAGUUGAUCUGGUCUAUAUUCACCUUAGCUCAAACUAGAGUGGAGAAUCCUCAAACAUUGAAAGCAUUAAGGUUUUUAGUUGGUGCUUCUGAAUGUGCAUUUUUCCCUUUGGUACAUUACAUGUUUGCAAGUUGGUUUCGUCCAAUGUUUGCAAGUAGACAAGGAUCAUUACUUUAUUUUGGGUUAUAUAUUGGGAAUUUAACGUCUGGGUUGCUUCAAGCAAGUAUUCAUGAUGCUUUAGAUGGUGUCCAUAACCUCGCUGGUUGGAGAUGGAUGUUUUUAAUUGAUGGUUUAAUAUGUUUAUUUAUUGCUUUUUUCACUUUAUUUACAAUUCCAGGGACUCCUUUUUACUGUUAUUCUAUUUGGUUGACUGAUGAUGAGAUUAAAUUAGCAAGAAAGAUUAUGAGAAGAAAUGGUACUGAUGAAAAACCACCAACUAGAAAACAAUUUUUUGACAAGGCCGUUUGGAAGAAGAUAUUCAGCUCGUGGCACUUCUGGGUGUUCACCAUCAGUAAUCUUGGGGGCUGCAAGUGGGUCUUUCAUUCUUUGGUUAAAGAGCUUGAAUAA